UGCGGCCUGUUUACUGAUGACUGUACAAAGGAAACAAAAUGGCCUCUGGUGGAUCAAAGAAAAAAGGUGGAAAACCUGGAAUGUUUGAAAAGUGGAAUAUCGAUGAUCAGCCAGUCAAGAUUGAUAAGUGGGACUGUAAUGCUGUGAAAAAUGCACUUGAUGAUGCGGCCAAGAAGGUACUGACUGAAGGCUUUGGAUAUGUUGAAGACUAUACAAAGACAGAUAUUCGCUUGGCUAUUUGUACCAUUUCUUGCUGCUGUGCCCUCACUGCCUUGAUAUAUGACUACCUUUACCCUUUUCCAGUGUCAUGGCCGAUACUGAUCACAUGUGUGCUAUCAUAUUUUUUUUUGAUGACUGUGCUAACCAUCUUUACCACGUUUGUUGAAAAGAACUACAUAAUGUUUGCAGUACAGAAAAGUGAAGCUGGGGUGGGCCCAGAUCACUACUGGCGUUUGCAUUCAACUCUGAAACGUUAUGACCACAACUAUUCCCUCACUAUCAUAUAUAAGGAUGGUGACACUAAAAAAGAAAGGCAACAGACCAUUUCUAAGUCAGUGGCUUCAUGGUUUGAUGAAGAAGGGACACUGCUUAAGGAUAUCAUGGAAAAAGAUGUUCGUGAGCUUCACAAUGGAAUUGCUUCAGAAAAGAAGGACAAAUGAUGUCAACAGUACCUGCUUUUUAAGUAACUUUAUGUAACUUAGAGUGUCAAAAGUAAAUUAGUUGUUCAUAGACAAGAAGAGAUAACUUGUCACUUUUGAAACACUUUUGAUUUAAACACUUAGCACCUACAAUAAAACUGACAUCAGGUGAAA